UUCAAAACUAGUACAGGGGAUAGCUCGUAUUGGCAGGGCAUGUCGCGGAUUUUGCGAUCCGUACAACUUUACAGCCUGCUGAAACUCAGAGAAGAGUUGUUACCACAAUCACACUUAAUGAAGGUGUAGUGCCGACGUAAGAAAAUAAUCUAAAGUCUCUGCUAUGCUAUCUACAUUCAGUGAGACAAUGCUCUCGUACACUUACACAACGCCAAGUUGACAAGAGUAAACAGUGAGCUAUUAGCCAGUCUCCGAUUCCUACAGAGCAUUAGUUACACCGUUUAUAACAGGGAUAAUGUGCAUUUUAUUCCUUCACACUCAGACCUCCUCAACAGCUGGCCGUUUUCGCCUUAUACUGGCUGCAAACCGUGAUGAGUACUACAUACGCCGAGCUCUGCCUAUUCACUUCUGGAAAGAAGAUGAGACUGUAAUAGGAGGUCGUGACUUGGAACCUGGUAAAGAGGGAGGCACAUGGCUUGCUCUUUCAGCAAAGAAUGGAAAACUUGGUGCGUUACUCAAUAUCAUGAUGCCAGGCGGCGAGCAUCCUCCACAUCUAUUAGGAAGAGGUAGUCUUGUUGCCAAUUUUGUGCGUAAUAAUGUUUCCUGCAGCAAAUAUCUGCAAGAAGUGGCAGGGAAUGGUGCAAAUUAUCGCCCUUUCAAUCUUCUCACAUUACACUUGAGGAAAAAUGAUGCUGACAUGUAUGUGUAUUCAAAUGUUGGUAGUCAAGGUGAACCCAUUAAAAUAACUGAAAACUGCUUUGGAAUCAGUAACAGUGAGUUCAAUACUCCAUUCCUCAAAGUGACAGCAGGCACCGAAAGAUUUAAACAAAUUGUCCAGAAUUAUGGUGAUAUAACAAACAAGGAUUCUCUAAUAAAUGAACUGCACACUUUUCUACAGUGGAAGGAAAGUCAUUUUCCUGACCCUGUACUCACUGAACGUGCCCCUCAAGUGACACCAGAAUUUCUUUUGCCACUAAGCUCAGUAUUCGUAAACAAUAUGAACCGUUCAUAUGGAACAAGAGCACACAGUAUAAUUCUUAUGGAUGAUGAAGGACAUACUGACUUUUACGAGUGGUCAAUGAAAUGCCCUAUUGAGGCUAUCAAUCCUGUUUGGGAAUACAAUCAUCUAACAUGUCAAGUACAGUUGCAGUAAACAGGAAAUAAAUAGAUACUUUUAUUAUUACA